CUGUCAGAAGAGGUGGACGAUUUUGUUUUGUUAAGUGGUGUCGUGAGAAAAUCCGGUGUUUUUCGCGAGAAAUGCAAAUUCUGAGUAGAAAAUGACAUUCGUGCGGCUUAGAAAUGCCGGGAAUCCUUGAGACGUGCCUCGGAGUGUUCGUAUUGAGUCGUGAAGUGUUGCUCCUUUAGAUUACAUCCUGGUCUAAUUGGGGCGCCCUAUUGGUCGCGAUUUCCGAUUCAAACAAAACUAAAUCGCACUAAUUCAUGGAAAUAAUGUAAUUCCCACUAAUAACCGUUUGCCGAAAUUAUUUCUACGAAAUAAUCCGCAAUGGAAAAUUUUGAAGCUGAACCCGGAAGUACGGCGGAACGUGAUGAAGGCAAAAGCUUGCCUGGAGAUGGCUGCGGGCAUAAUUGCGGUGAAUCUUCUGCUGCCGCGAUGGCAGAAGAGGCCGCAUGUGAACCGAGUGAAAAAUGCAAUGCAAUUAGUGACGGGUCAAAACCGGAUAAUGAGGACGAUGCGUCACCUUCCAUGGACGCCGAACCGCAGGACAAUGGUGGCUGCCCUACUGAGCUCGAAGUUGCUUCUACAUCAAACGAUAUUACAACAGAAACUGAAGCUGAUGCAACGUCAGCAGUUCCGUCUACGAUAGAGGUGGCAACAUCUCCAGCGACAAAUUGCUGUUCCCCGUGUACUAGCAACGACGAUAGUGCAUCAUCUUCAAUAACACCUUGUUCUGGUGUACGUAGGAAAGCGAAGCCUCUCAAUUCAUCAAGCGAUCCAGAUGUCACACUCAAUGGCGUUAAGAAAAAGAUAAAAAAUCAAACAGCUGGCUGUAGUGCCUCCAAUUCAGAUCAUUUCAACAUUUGGAUUGCACGAGAGUGUUUUGAAAACAAUCCCGUUGAGACGGUAAUUGAGGACCCACAGCCAAGCGAAACACCUCAAAAUGAUGCCAGUAAAUUGAAUAAGCAGUUUCAUAGGCCUUUAGAGCGAUCAUGGCCACCGAAAAACGGACGGGGAUCAAAGCCAACGAACGAUGUAUUUAAGUUCGAUAUCGUCGACAUUGAUGAGUCGGGUUUGUCAAACGACGCUGAUAUUCUCUACAAUUUAAACAAUGUGUCGCGAGAGUCUCCUUGCGAGUUUUUCGAUUCGAUCGAUUCUGCAAUGGGAAGAAAAGAUAGCGAUUAUUCUAAUACUAGUCAACACUGUACACCUUCAGCCAAUUCUAGUCUAGCUGAAAGCAAUUCCACAUUAGGUUCAGGUAUGCCCUCUUAUUUGGAUAGUCCUGGAGUUAAAUAUAAGCCCGUUCUUAAGAAGAAAAUUGGACCAGAUAAUUACAUUAAUACAAUAACGACAAGAAAAGUGCCAGCCAAUGAAGCGAAUUUCAACUUUCCUCAAAGUAGCUCGUUCGAAGAUGCUCAAAACGAGGCCAGUACAAGUUCAGAAGUAAUUCGCCAGCACAGACCACUUACACGACAACUUUCUGGCGGUAAAACAAGAAGAGCAAAUGGAAUUAUUAUACCAGAACCGAUCAAUUUGAAGUCUGACAACAACGAAGUGCGGCAUUAUAUUUUCUGCAGAAAACUAUCGUGUAGCCCAACAUCAGGAUCGUCGACACGCAGUGCUUCUCCUUUGGAUUUAUCUUCUCCCGAAGCUACUCCACCUCCGAAUCUAUCUUCACAGCCGAAACCCAGUAUACGUCCGCAGCCACGAUUAUUGACACGUGUAGGUGGCAAUGGGAGCUUAACUGCACGAAAGUUGAUUUGUCCACCAACUCCAACACAUCAUGCACGUCGGCCUCGAUCGCAGGAAGAAGAACAUGCUGCGUGCGCUCAAAAUGGUGUGAGUACUGAUGUCCGCGGCCCCGAUAAUGUGAAUCUCAGUGAUCGUGCCAGUUCCCCGCGUGUGUUUGAAAACUCCAAUUCGACAAAUGAGUCGGAAAUUGUUCACAUUUCAAGUGCAAGACUCCCAUCGAUACCGGAACGCGCCAGAGGAGUCUUGCCUGAUUCCGAGGAGCCACUGCCGCCUGCUUGGGAGGCGCGAAUGGAUAGUCAUGGACGAAUAUUCUACAUUGAUCAUACAACUCGAACCACGAGCUGGCAACGACCAGGAUCAGCAGGCGGCUUGGCUGGAGGGCGCGAACAACACAGACAACAACUUGAUCGUCGAUAUCAGUCGAUACGACGAACAAUUACAUCCGAAAGUCGUGCAAUCGAUAGGAGUGUGGUUGCACAUGAAAUUGAGCGUCUGCAAAUGAUAGGCUCCCACCCUGCUGUAUUGAUGUUAUGCCGUCCAGAUUUCUAUUCCUUGCUGCACACAAACGAGGAUGCUCUCGCAAUUUACAAUCGGAAUGCUGCUCUCAAGCACAUGGUUAUACGAAUAAGACGUGACCCGAAUAGUUUCCACCGUUAUCAGUACAAUAAAGAUUUAGUUGCUUUGGUGAACUCUUUUGCAUUGAUUAAUAAAUCUCUGCCAACGGGAUGGGAGUCGAAACUGGAUCAGAGUGGGAAACAAUUUUUCAUUGACCAUGCAAAUCGGAAGACUUCGUUUAUGGAUCCACGAUUGCCAAUUGAGUGUUUGCGAAUGCGUCAACGACAACAACAUGAAAACGUUGAUAUUGCUCCGGCUCCACCUCCUAGACCGGCAUCUUCGUUUACAGGGGCAGCGACUGAGUUGCCUGAGAUUCCAGUGGCAUAUAAUGAUAAGGUUAUUGCAUUUUUACGUCAGCCAAAUAUAUUCGAAAUUCUGAAAGAAAGGCAUGGUCAGGUGACAUUGUCCAGGUCGCUUCGAGAGAAAAUUAAUAUUUUACGAGUGGAAGGCACUUCGGCUUUGGAGAGACUGGGUCAUGAUUUGCAGUUGACAAUUUUACUAAGCCUUUUCGAGCAGGAGAUUAUGAGCUAUGUUCCUGUCGAUGAGAGGAGUCCACAAGGAUCGCCAACGCCUAACUCACGGAUACCGCAAAGAGCGCCUCCUCCUUUUCGGCGCGAUUUCGAAGCCAAAUUGCGAGCAUUUUAUCGUAAGUUGGAAUCAAAAGGAUAUGGACAAGGACCCCAUAAACUCAAGUUGCACAUCAGACGUUCUCAUCUAUUGGAAGAUGCCUUCCGUCGAAUAAUGUCGGCCAAUAAAAAAGAUUUGCAACGCGGGCGCCUAGCUGUUUUAUGGGAUACCGAAGAAGGCCUAGAUUAUGGAGGGCCGUCAAGAGAGUUCUUCUUUUUACUGUCACGAGAACUUUUCAACCCGUACUACGGAUUAUUCGAAUACUCAGCCAAUGAUACUUACACAGUCCAAGUAUCACCACUCUCUGCAUUUGUUGACAAUUGUCACGAUUGGUUCCGCUUUAGUGGUCGCGUGCUAGGAUUGGCGUUAGUUCAUCAAUAUUUAUUAGAUGCGUUUUUUACUCGUCCAUUUUAUAAAGCGUUAUUGCGAUUGCCAGUAGCUUUAAGUGAUUUAGAAUCUCUUGAUAAUGAAUUCCACCAGUCUCUUCAAUGGAUCCGUGACAACGACAUCGGGUCCGGUGCUGCAUUAGGACUAACGUUUUGUGUAACUGAAGAACUUCUGGGUCGCGUUGUAGAACGUGAACUGAAACCUGGUGGCAAAAACAUUACAGUGAAUGAAAAAAAUAAAAAAGAAUAUUUGGAACGAAUGGUGAAGUGGCGUCUUGAACGUGGUGUCCAAGAACAAACCGAAUCCCUUGUACGUGGGUUCUAUGAGGUAGUUGACUCGCGGUUGGUGUCUGUCUUCGAUGCCAGGGAGCUAGAACUUGUGAUUGCCGGGACGGCUGAAAUCGACAUAAACGAUUGGCGAAUGAACACCGAGUAUAGAAGUGGAUAUCAUGAUAACCACCAAGUGAUCAUUUGGUUCUGGCAGGUAAUUGAAAAAUUUACUAAUGAGCAACGCCUUCGAUUGCUCCAAUUCGUAACGGGCACAUCGAGCAUACCGUAUGAAGGUUUCUCAGCAUUAAGAGGGUCGACCGGUCCACGACGCUUUUGCGUAGAGAAGUGGGGUAAGCCGAACGCCUUACCACGUGCCCAUACUUGCUUUAAUCGUUUAGAUUUACCGCCGUAUCCAACAGCUGAAAUACUCUAUGAGAAAUUAACACUUGCCGUAGAAGAAACGAAUACAUUCGGAAUUGAAUAAGAGAUGCAAAUGCAUUGAGUAAUUUAUUGGAGAUAAGUGUCUUUUUUAUCAAUUUUAUGUAUUCCAAGAUAGACUUGUGAUGCAAUUAUCUAAAAAUUUAUAGCUUAAUAAUGCGUGCAUCAUAAUAAUUAUGUAAUCGCAAUUGCACUGCUGACGAUGAGUGCAAAGCGUAUAAGUAAGGAUACAAACAGACAUUUUGUUCGAACGCUUAGACGAAUUAGAUAAACACGUUAUUUAAUUGAUGGCCAUGUGAUACUUAAGAGCACUAAGUAUGUAAUAAAAGUUUAAUGGUUUUUAGUAGAAA